GCAAGCAAUUCAGGAAAGAAGCAAUGGACUAUAGAUUUUAAUGAAGGACCUAUGUUAUCAUCUAACAUUCAUUUUCAAUGAUAAUGGAAAAACAGUUUAUUUCAUACCAUCUUUAAGUGGAGGAUUAUAUAAAUUAGAUGAGGAAUAUUUAGAAGCAGUACCUGUGUCUGCAGCACAGUUAAUACAAUCAUCUUACCGUUACUCUGAUGAUUUAGUACUUUCUGGUGGCAGAGAAGUAAAAUCCUAUGGAGUUUCGAGUACAACUGGAAAUAUAUUAUACGAGUGUGGAAUUAAUGGUUGCACUAAUAACACCGGAGAGGGAUCAUACAUUGAACAAGAUGUGCUUGUUGUUCAACGGUUUCAGCAGACAGUAAGAGCAGUUGAACCACGUACUGGUUAUGAAAGAUGGAACUUCAGUGUUGGCCAACAUGAGUUAGUGCUGGUUCCUAAUUCCAACACAUAUUGCCAAAAUGAAGUUGAAGCUCAUAUUAGGGAUAUUGAAAUUAAAGUUGUUGUACCUGACGGUUUGAUCUGGGCCAUUAAUAGAAAUAAUCCUAAGGUUAUACUGUGGCAAUACAAGUUUGAAUCUCCAAUUGUUACUAUAUGGCGUGAACAUUCAAAUGCAGACAAUGGGCAUAAAUAUUUAAAAGAAAUUAAUUUAUUUGAUAGUAUGCAGUGGCCUUGGGGCACAGAAUUCUCAGUUAGUCCAGGAAUUUAUUUGGGUAAACAUGGUAGACAAUUAUACGUACAAGAAAACGCAGAAUUGCAUAAAUCAUUGGAACAAUCCUUAUCGUACAUACAAUCUUCAAAAUAUCCAUUACAGCUGUAUCCUGCUAUUGGUGAUGUCAUUGUAAAAACCGUUCCAGUUGAUGAAGACAAUAAUGAGGAUAACAAAGCUUUGGUCGAGAUAAAUGGUGCCAAAAGUACCACUGCGUUGUCGGAAUACGUAAAGGACGAUGGAUUUUACUUGUAUUCAAAAGAUCAGCUACAACUGGAAAAUGACAAACAGUGUAAUCGUACCACUUCGAACUCAACAAUUAUCGAAGAAGAUGAAAAGCCGUUUAUAUUUAAUAACACCAACAGAGAUGACGAUGACACUCCUGUGCAAGUUAUAAUUGUUUCAUUGUGGUAUUGGUGGAAAGAAGUUUUGAUCAUUUCGAUCACCACCGCAAUUCUCCUGAAUUUUAUGUUGACACAACGACUGUUGAAUGCUACCACUGUCGCCAAGGAUGCAGUACUUCCGCCCUUAAUAGUCGAAAGACACAUCGAGACAAACAUAAUAAGUAAUCCUCAAAUGAUCAACGAUAAGGAAAACAACGAUAGUUUUACAUCACGUUAUUUAACAGAUUUUGAGCCUGUGAAUUGUUUGGGAAAAGGAGGAUACGGUGUUGUCUUUGAAGCAAAGAAUAAAAUAGAUGAUUGCAAUUAUGCUAUAAAGAGAAUCGCUCUACCGAAUAGUCAGUCCUCGAGAGAACGAGUAAUGCGAGAAGUGAAAGCUUUGGCCAAAUUGGAUCAUCAGAAUAUUGUGAGAUAUUUUAAUGCAUGGUUAGAAUGUCCGCCUAUAGGUUGGCAAGAGAAACACGAUCCCGAGUGGAUGAACAGAAUCGUGUUACCGAGUUUUGAAUUUAUUUCCGAUGAAACUUCUACCAGAGCGAAAGUCAAUAAUUCUGUGUGCAUUAAUGUUACUCAAACCGAUCAGUCUUCUGUAGAAAGUGUGUCCGAAGCGUACGAUGCUCUAAAUCGCUUUGAUUCGGACGAAGAUUCUUUUAUUGUUUUCGAAAAAUCUCAUUCACGCGAGCCAAACGACAGUAUAAUUGAUAUUACCAAAUGCAGUACCGAAAGUUCGAACGUGUCACUUUCAACCGACGUGGACGAAGAAAUAUUGCCGAAGAUUAACGAUUGUACAUGUUCGCAGAGCAUUGUGUUCGAAAAUAUUGAAAGUAACGAUCGCUCAGAGAAAGAAGAGAAAAAAAAGCGGCAAAGAUCGUUCUCUCUAGAUUUGAAUAACAAGACGAAUACUCGUAAGUCUCCGAAAAUGUUUCUUUAUAUACAAAUGCAAUUGUGCCAAAGGCUAAGCCUCAGGGAAUGGUUGAAAAAUCAAUCGAUGCGGGAUUGUCGUAGGAUAUUAAAUAUAUUUCAGCAAAUUGUUGAAGCUGUAGAAUAUGUUCAUCUACAAGGACUCAUUCAUCGCGACUUGAAGCCGUCAAAUAUAUUCUUCUCUUUUGAUAAUAAAAUAAAAGUGGGCGAUUUUGGUCUCGUCACGGCGAUGACAGAAGGAUAUGGUGAAGUUCAUACACCCACUACAGAGAAUGAGAGUGUAUCGUUGAAAAACAAUUUACAUACCGCGAAUGUUGGUACCCACCUCUACAUGUCUCCAGAACAAAUAAAUGGACUAGGAUAUAAUUAUAAAGUUGAUAUCUAUUCCUUGGGAAUAAUUUUGCUUGAACUCUUCAUUCCUUUUGCCACCGAAAUGGAAAGAGUAACGGCUCUGAUGAAUUUAAGAAAAUCGAUAUUUCCAAAAGACUUCGAUAUUGAUCAUCCAGCUGAGUACGAGUUACUUAAAAUUAUGCUGGAUGAAAAUCCUAACAAUAGACCGACAACGUUAGGCAUUAAGGCAAAGCCACCAUUACUGAAUUACGAGAUAGCCAACGGGCUGGCAGUAAAUGCAGAUAUGAGAUGGCAUUUUGAAUUACCCCAGAUUUCAAGACAUUCCUCUGUGACCAAUAGUAGUAGUGGCGAACCUUGGGAAAAUAUCACUUGAUAAUUCCAAAUGUGAAAGAAGCUCGAUCUAAGGUUGUAUAAGAUUUGUUUUUGUAGCGGUGAAUAUGACAAGAGUAAAAGUUUUCAACAUCUUCUCUGGAAAUAUAACUUGCAAUAGUGAUGGUACUGACACGACCAUUAUCUUUCAAGUGAAAAAAGUCACUGGACAACGAAGAAUAAAUUGUUACAGAAAGAUCUACGAAAUAGGUAUCGAAUUGCUUUACCUAUUUCCAUAGGACUGCAAUAAUUUGUCCAUUAAUAACCAUACAACGUAUGUUCUUUUAGAAGGUGCAAGAUAUCCUUUCUCACGGGGUAUUUUAUCAUAGAAACAUGAUAACUCAAGUUCUUGACCUAUUAAGAGGGGAAUUUCUUCAUAGUAAUCUAUAAAUUAUAACAAAAUUUCAAAUAUAUAUUACAUACAACGUAGAUAUAAUCGAUUAAUAAUUAUUACCGGAUAAACUAAUAGUGCGGCUUGUGUAACUUUUACUGGUCGUUUCUAAAACUGGUAACGAUAACAGAUCUAUUUGAUUUCCAUCUAUAUUAAGAUGUCCAAGCGUAAAGCUCAUUUGUGGUAUAUCUGCACAUUUAGGACAUAUCUUCUCCUAUUGUGAAAUCUAUCGUGAUGAUCCUAUAAGAAUCUGAUCUCUUAAUCUCUGUAAAACAUUUACCCGUAUUUCGUCGCGUAUAGCUCCUAUGAAUAUACUAGUUGCAACUGUAAUCAUCCUUUCCGAAAUUAAAGGUACAUAUCUUUUCUCAUUUCCAUUAAUUUGCAUGUAUAAUUUUUUACCAUCUUGUACCAGCAUUACUUCGAACCAUUCUCCUAUUGAAAUGUGUUCUGUACUUUCAGUUGCAACAUGAGUCGCUCCCUGAUGAAAUCUAAGUUUAACUCUUCCCUCUUCUAGCAAUAGUAGGAUGUACUUAUUGGAUAAAUCGUCUGGUAUGAUUGUCACAACGCCAUUUAUAUUUUCUACUUUUAUCGCCAUUGUGAUCUGCAUUACAGUAUUUAAGCAUUAUUACUUAAGCUAAACUUUACGAAAUUGUCCUUACUUGCCAAGAUUCCAUAUCCUUUGGGCAUGGAACUGUAACCGAUUCUGUUAAACCAACAGAUAUGAAAGCUUCCUCGUCAUCUCCCAAUGAAUAUUGUACGUUAAUAAUAUUCGAAGGAACAAUUUUAUGCUUUCGAUCGUGUUUAUCCUAAAUUACAUUGUAUAUUUUAAAAAUAUUAAAUUAUUCAAGAUAUAAUCCGCCAACGAUAAUUACUACACCUUUGGUAUAGAAAGUAGGAUAGAUUCGAAGUUAAUAAUUAUUUCUUGAAUUUGACCUUGAAAUACUUCUCCAACUUUCAUAAUAUGAUCCAAAUUAUACGAUGUCGGAAUACAUGAAAAAGUAGUAGCUUUGUGUAAACCAUUGUUAACACGUAAAAUACCGCGUGAUCCACAUAUUACUGCAAACACUACAUGCCAUUCUCCAAUCUAUACAAAAUCUUAUAUAAAUUAUAAAAUAUUAAAUAAUAGAAAAACA